CCUCUGCUUGUGAUGUGACCCCUGAGCCUGUGAGGCAGAGGGUGAAGCUUGUGCUUGCCUUGUUUGACUGGGUUGGUGGUUCAUUUGUCCGCCUAACAUCCUCGUACACUACGCCUAGUACAUCUAGCCCACGAGCACAGGUCCUCUAUUAUGAUUAUAACGGGUCCAGAGGUGCAAGCAGUGGGAGGCAGGUCCUCGGGCUCCUAGGCAUCCUACAGCUGACCAACCAGCGAAUAAUAAGAACCCCCCUCGCUCUUAGUUCAAACUAAGCCCGCCUUAUUCUUCGUAACCACUAACAUUUUCCGCCGGCUGUCCUGCAGCCAUACAGCUCACAUUCAGAUGCAACCCUUUACCUUGGCUGUGCUAGAUUAUAGAAGCAUCUCCUGUACAACCGAGAUUGUAAAAUCUAACCUAACCCGCGUGUCCGUCAAAUGCCGUGCGGUACUUCACCCGUGCGGCGCUGUUGCCUACUAAGGCAACCGCGCUCCAUUCUUCCGCCGCGAUAGCUGUCCGUAACGCUGGCGCUCCUGGUACACGGCAACCGCAUUAAUAGUCGUGCACUCUCUUAGUGCUCUUCAGUAACCUGUCGCCGGGUUUCUCGGCUACCUCCGGUUUCCGAUACGCUUUCCUGCUACUGGUCACCUUUUUAGCGUCGUAAAGUUCAAAACAAGGCACCUUUUGCACAUUAACGGCCAAGGACAGAGCUGUAGUCUGAUCUUAUCUAUUUGAAACUCUUCCUGACUCUUCCUCUUCGUGUGCGUCAAAGGAAUUGGUUAAACCGUCCGUACCGCUGCGUCACCAUGGGGGCGAUGACGUCAUCUUUAGCGGCGAAAUUCGCCUUUUUUCCGCCAACCCCGCCGUCAUACGCGAUCGUGAAAGACCCGAGCACUGGACGGCUGCGAUUCGACAGCAUCGCGCCGCAGGACCACGUGGACGUGCUGCUGAUUGACACGCGGCGGAGACAGCAGGUGGCGGCGAUGUUCGUCCGCAAUCCCCGCGCGCGACUGACGCUGCUGUACUCGCACGGCAAUGCGGCUGACCUGGGACAGAUGCAUGACCUCUACGUGGAGCUCGCGCACAUGCUGCGAGUUAAUCUCAUGGGGUACGACUACACGGGGUACGGCGCCUCUACUGGCAAGCCGUCGGAGGCGGACACGUACGCGGACGUGGAGGCGGUGAUGACGUGUCUGCAGCAGCGAUACAGCAUCGGCGCGGAGCAGGUGGUGCUGUACGGGCAGAGCGUGGGCAGCGGGCCGACGGUGGACCUGGCCCCCAUCGCGUCGGGCGUGCGCGUGCUGUACGAGGUCAAGCACACCUACUGGUUCGACAUCUUCCCGGGCACGUCGGACGAGGUGGUGGAUGUGUCGCACGGGCAGAUGCUGGUGGACGCGUGCAAGCGGCCGUUUGAACCGCUGUUCCUGGAGGGCGGGCACCACUGCGACCUGGAGUUCUUCCCCGAGUACCUGCGCUGCCUGCGCAAAUACAUCUCCUACCUCGUGCAGCACCCCCCCGUGCCACAGCCUGACCUGCCCAGGAAAGCCAAGAAGCGCCCUGGCUGGGGAACCCCCCUGACAGCCAUCCGGUCCUUCGUGACCCCCAACCGCCACCGCCACCCCUCCGGCACCGCCUCUGCUCCCGCCACGCCCGUGGGCUCCUUCUCCUCCUCCUCCUCCGCCUCGCCCCACCUCCAACGGGAACGCGUCCCCUGCUGCUUCCCUCUCUGCCGACGACUCCUCCUCGUCCUCUGCGGCUCCCAACCCGCGCACGCGGUCGUGGAAGCUCAGGGCGCUGUCACCUGCGUUUCGGUUCUCCCCGUCCACGUGGCGGGAUGCACGGAGGAAGAAGGGCGAGGAGGGAGGAGAGGAGGGGCAAGGGCGGAGCAGGAGGCGCUAGGAGUAGCAGGAGUGUCGCAGGGUAAAGCGCCUGGUGGUGCAGCCAGUGCUGCUGCUGCUUCGGCUGCUGCUGCUGUGGCAGCUCCUGCUGUGAAUGGUCAGGCAGGUGAAGGAAAUUCGUCAGCAGCAGCUGCUGCUGGUGGUGUUGCGAAUACAGGGCACACAGUAGCAGCGCCGGAAGUUGCUGCAAUGGCUGGGGAAGUGGGGUCCAGCCAAUGAGGAGACCAUUGGGAGUCAGUCUGUUGAGGGCGGCUGGGCGGCUGGGUGGCUGGAUUGGUUUGGUGUCGAGUUUGUGAGGUGGAUUGCUGUUGGGGAAGCCAGAAGCCAGAAGUAAGAAGCAAGAAGUCUGACUGGCUGAUACGCAG